AUGGUAGAAACAAGUCUAAAAACAGAGAAACGGGAUGAAGACGAAGUCGAGAAGAAUCCGCCCAAGUUCCUGAAGCUCAACUCUAUUAACGGAGCCACGAACAGUUUAGCACAGGUACUUCCUGUGGACCAAACUCCCACCCCAACAAAAUUCAUCAAACUGGCAAGCGAACUCUUCCCCAGCGACACCAACGAGCAGCAACAAACCAAUACUGAAACUAACGAAGCAUCAACAGAAGCAACAAGCAAAUCCCAAGCAAACUCAACGCAUCCAAACCCCUUCGACAAAUCCUUCAAGCAAUCGACUUCUUCAAGCCAAAGUCCGGCGGCGAAUGCGAGUGGAAAUGAGCCAGUCGUCCAGGAGUUGGAUACAGUCGAUGAAACUAUCUCACAGGACGAAAAUGAUCAUGAAUUUGUCGAAGAAAUCGUCGAUGAGGAGGAAAUUGAGACCUCCUCUGAAAAAUUCAAGCGGCCCGAUCCUGUUGGAAGUGAAGAGAUGAUCCAAGUGCAGACAACAACGAUAAACUCAAUAGCAGGCCAGGAGGGAGUUUCUCAACCCCAGUUCCAAAUGUUGCCCACUGCGUCUGGCCAAAUGCUUGUCCAGAUCCCGCAGCCCAUGGCCACUCCAGGUACACGCAUAGUGAUGGCAUCGCCCGAGAUGGCCGCCCAAGCCGGCCAGGGGGGUAAACUCGUAGUUAUGCAACAGCCAACAACUUACAAGCUUGCAAACAAUGUCUUCGUCCCUGCUGGAGGAAACAUGGGAGGGCAGCUAAUCAUGGGUAGCGGCGGCCAAAUCUUCAUGACGCAGCCGCAAGUGAUGCAAAUCCAGGACCCGAAUACAGGCGCCAUCCAACACGUAAGCAUUCAACCCCAGCAACAAUUCGUGAUGACACAACAAAUCGACUCAAGUGGGAUUGUGACGACUUCUGCCCAGAAACCUUCGACGACCGUGGCACAAGCAGCCACACCAACAACUGCAGCCAACCCGCCGCCUUACACUCAAUGUGUGAUGGUUUCUCCGCAGAUUCAAUUCGUCGCCUCACCACAGCCAGUCGUGAUUCCGUCAAGUCAACAGAUGAUCAUCAACCAGAACGGGCAGCAGUUUCAAAUUAUCAACACUCCGAAUCCAAGCAUUCCACAGGGCGCACAAAUCAUUCAGACAGCUAAUGGCACGCAACUACUUCAAACACAACAGAAAGUCAUCCAACAAUCGAAUGGACAGAAAAUCGAAAACAGCACUGGAAUGACGAUGAAAUACAUCCAAAACGAGCAAGACGAUGAGAACGGUCAAUCUUCUAGAAGAAAUUAUACAAGACCGUCUUAUACGCACAGGCCUUCGAUGAAUGGCCUGAGCAACGUUGUUCACUUAUCAAAAGAAUCCCUACGAGCAAUAGAAGAAGCAGGAGCAGAGUGCUCUAGUGGGAAACGCGGAGGACCGAGAUUAAAUUAUGACGAGUUGGAUCCAAAAAGAAGACGCUUUUUGGAACGAAACAGGAUGGCCGCUGCUAGGUGCAGGGAACGCAAAAAGCAGUGGAUCAUCAGCCUAGAGUACAAAGCUAAUGAACUCAAAGAAGAAAAUAAGCAAAUCGAGGAAGAUUGUUUACGACACAGAGCGAAGCUGGCACAAAUGCGAGCAGCGUUAGAACGUCACAAUUGCUCGAUAGGCGUCAAUAGUUCAAUUGAUAAAGAGAAUAACGUCCAAGGCGGCGUGCAAAUCCAGACCAAAGUGAUCGAGCUGGACACACUCUCCGACGAUGCCGCUCCUCUCAAACUCGAAACUGCCAUUUCCGAGAGCUGA